AUGGGUCUGAAGUACGGAUGUAUUGUGCCCCGGCAAUGGGAAGUCUGCUCUCAUGCUGUACUAGAGAUUAUAUUGUACAAUGAGCUUAACUGGGAAUGGAGAAAGAGUCAGAGACUUGACACGGCCGUAAUUACGAUAGGGGGUGUUACAGCAACUCCUAAAGCUCUUGAUCCGUUCUUGUGGCUGUGAAAAGUUGGAGACACCAACUUUGUGCCCAAUGAACAGUAUACUUUUCUCUACAUUGAAUGUUUUUAUUAA